CGGAAACGCACUGGAUUUAAAAAAGAACUUCACCGUUGCUGUGAGCAACGACACGGCCCAGGUUCUGGAACCGACGUCUUUACUUAGAUGUUUGGAAGAAUGGGAUCUCCAGCAAGGCAUGGAACGCCUCACAGAGUCAGCAUUCAUUCCCCCAGUAAAGAUUUAGAUUCCCCACUUCCUCCCAUAGAGGAGCGUCUUGCUUACCUGCGUCCUUCCAGGGAGCUGCUGCAGUUCUACAGAGAGAAAAUCACCCAGUAUGACGGUGAACACGAAGAGCUGCUCCAAAUGCUGGAAAAGUUUAAAAGCAUUGCAGAGGAUCAGCACAAACUGCAGUAUGACAUACAGGAGCGCGAAAAAGAAGUUACACAGCUUCAGAACGCUCUGAGCGACAUGCAGGUUUACCUUUUCCAGGAGAGAGAGCAGUCUCUCCGACUUUAUGCAGAAAAUGACAGACUAAAGAUCAGAGAGAUGGAGGACAGGAAAAAGAUCCAACACCUUCUUGCUCUUGUCGGUCCUGAUGCUGGAGAGAUUACGUACUUUCACCAAGAGCCUCCACACAAGGUCACAAUUACUCAAAGGCACCCUGAGUCCAUGUUUGAUGAAAAUCUCAGUCUAAGGCCAACAAAACUAAGACCUGCUGCAGCAGCAAAAGGGGCUAACAGGAAAACAAAAUCAGCUGGUGAUGGUGUAGAGAAGUACAAGAACGACAACCAGACAUUAUUGUUGCAGGUGGAGGCGCUGCAGGCUCAGAUGGAGGAACAGACGCGUCUAGUCAGAGAGCAGGUGGAAGCUCUCCUCGAGGAUCGGAGGAUCAUAACAGAGGAAUCGCAGGCACAACGACAGAGAGACCAGGAACGCAUUUCUGCACUGAGUGAAAAGCUCCAGCAGACGCAGAACCUGUUGCAUGAAAGCACAAGAGAUUUCCUACAGCAGAAAUUUGACGCUCGGGCCAAUGAGAAAAACUGGAUUAUGGAAAAAGAUCGGCUCCUGAGGGAGCUGGACUCCUACCACAACCGACUGAGGAGGGCAAGGACUGAAAUGACAAGAUCCUGGCAGCCCAGCAGCAGCAGAUCUCUUUUUCUUCCUCGACCCCAAACUGAGCUGUCUCAACAACAUAAGGAGGAGAAAAAGGCUCUGCAAGAUGAUCUGAAACAAGCUCAUAAGUUGGCAGAGAUGUUCAGAGAGCAAUGCAUCACACUGGAGACAGAACUGUCCCAAAUCAGAGAGGAAGGAGACGUAGGCAGAGAAAUAUUUAAGGAGCGUUCAGAAAAGAUGGCCAAGCGCCUCCAGCUCAUGACUCAGCGCUACGAGGCUUUGGAGAAGAGAAGGGUCAUGGAGGUGGAGGGCUUCAAGACAGAUCUAAAACUCCUCAGACAGAAGCUCAAGGAUGUCGAGAAACAGCUCCUCAAGGUCACAUUAAACAUUGGGCCCCACCAGGACCUAGCCAUUCUGCACGAAGUACGACAAACUAAUUCAAGGACUAAAAAGGUUCAGGAUGAGCUUGUGGCUCUGAAAGCCAAAAUUUAUGGACUUGAAAAUGAACUAAGAAUUAGCUGAAGAACAUUUUCUCCAACGUUUUCCACUUUUACUGUUCAUAUUUUUAUUUUUUUUAUUGACAUGUUGACUUCAUUUUUUGAAUCAUUUGUGCUUUUAACCAAUAAAAUUGUACAUAUUUUUUUUUGUUUUUUAA